UGUUACAACGUUGCCAUUUUCUGAGUAUCGUGCGCGCGGGUUCCGAGUUUUGUUUUUAUGGCAUAAUUUUUAUCACAAGUCGAAGUCGAAAAUUGGAAAUAUCAAAUAGUAUUUUAUAUCAUUUUCCUCUUUGAUAUUAUUAUUAUGCACAUUCUAGCAAUUGCAUGUAUCUUCAGAAUUUUAACAACUUUACUGACAAUAAUUAGUCUUGUUGUCUUCCACGGGCGAUGAUAAUUAUCUUUGCGGUGACUUCCUUUGGGCUAGUGUAGAGCAUUGAUUGUAACGUUCUCCGCAUCACAGUUCUAAUAAUCUCAACUGCGUUGAAUAUAAAUCUGGCAACGGUGAGAGUCAGGCCUUAAUGUAAACAUAACCUAAUCAGUAUGACUUCCCGCGAUUUUAUGAAAUAUUUAUUUGUAAUAAUGUUAGUAAUAUAUAUAUAUUAUCAUAGAAAAUAGCAAUAAACAUUAAUAUAAUGAAACAAUUAUAAUACAGUGCAACAGAAUGUGCAAUAGUGUGUGUGUAACACAGUGCAGAUGACUAUAUAUCACCAUUUGCAAGUACAUCAUACAUGAAUUUGUUUAUCUUGAAGUUUAUCUUUGAAGUACGUAUGAAUUAAAUAAUCACAUAGGAUUAAAUGAUUCAAUGCCUAUAUAUUUUAUAAUCCUUUUUUUAUAGUAAUAUAUGCAUUGAAAACUAAGCUUGGAAACUAAGAAAAGUAGGAGGUACUUUUUAUAAUUCUUUAUAAGUUUUCUUAUAAAAUCUUAGUAAAGUAUUUUCAAAUACACCAUUAAAAAGUAUAACUUUCUCAUAUCUUUGAGUCUUAUUUUCUUAAUUUUAAACAGCAGAAUUUCUUAAUUUUUUGAGAAAUAACAAUUAUACAUCAUAACUAUUUCAAUUUGAAAUGCUAUAGUGGUUUCCCCUAGAACUAGAGCAAUAUCGUGGUAUUAUUAAUUUAUAAAAUUUUAAUAAGAAAAAGCUACGUAAUACUGUUACUUAUGUUUAUUAAUUACUAAUAUAAUGUAACAUAAUAUACUUUAGCGUUAUAAUUGAUUUCAAAAGUCUUCUGAUUGUUAUCAUUGUUGUUCUCAUUGUUUUAUACUGAGUUAUGUUUACUCAUUUUUAUUUAUGUAUUCAUUAAACUUUUGUGUUUACAAUUAGUAUUAGUAAUGUUGUUCUUUUUAUGUUCCUACCAUCUGAUGUGCUUCUUUAUCCAUUUUUUAUACCUGUAGUUAUAUCAUUACUGUAAUUUAACAUUAUAAGUUAGUCUAAAUUUGUUUUAUAUUUAUAUUUAUUCAGAAUCAAUAUACAUAAAUAAUUUAAAUACAAGCGUCGCAUCAUCGAAUCUUCCUAAGAACCACAAAAAAAUAUGAAUACAAUGUUCACAAAAACUAAAAUGCUUAUAUAUAUAUUACUUUUACAUGCUAUGUUUAUAGUAUUUGUGUGUGUAUUAUUUAUAUAUGAUGAUUAUUUAAAAAAUAUUGUGUAUAUUUAGUUGAAUUCUUUUAGAAAAACGUUAAUUACACAAUCUGUCAAUAAACUGCACUGUAAGACUUCUAAGCAUUGAGAGUUGAACUAUCGAUGCUUGCAAGAGGCGGUGUUGCCACGUUCACCGCAGCCAGUGCCGCGUCUCAAGUAGAGACUUGCCUCGCCGCAUGUAGCGUGUGUAGUGAUGUAUCAGGUUGCAUGACAUAUCGUUGAGGCAAUCGCUAUGAGUCUGCCGCGGACGGGAGACGGGAAUUUACCUCGAGACAGAUCUCAGCUUCUAUACGAGAGUAGCACGGAAGUAAGGUCGCGACGCCGUUGUUAAAACUUAAAACAUCUGUAACUUCUAGUAGCAACCUCUGUAAGAAGAUAUGAGUGCAAUAGAAAAUCACACAUUCUGGACAGAAUUUAUUGCAUUAUAUAAGAGUCUUCCUUGUUUGUGGGAUAUAAGGUCAAAAUCAUAUGUGGACAGAAAUUUAAGAAAUGAUGCAAUAGAUGUUUUGAUCGAAAAAUGUAAAGAAAUAAAUCCUUUGUCAGAUAAAGAUUUCGUUAAUAAAAAAAUACACAAUUUGCGGUGCAGUUUUAGAAGAGAAUUGAAAAAAGUCAAACAGUCGAAAUCAACAAAAAAUGUAUAUAUACCAAGCCUCUGGUACUUCGAUAUUUUAAGUUUUAUAACAGACUGUGAUCCAGGGAGAGAUACAGAAAACCUUAGUGAUGUUAGUAUUAAUUUGAAAACUGAAUGCAAUGAUAAUAUGGAACAAGACGAUGUCGAUACAGGAGGAAAUAUGUUAUCUUCAUCUCCGGAAGUAUCAACUAGAUUAAGUUCUUCUUUAUCAACAACUCCUUCAAUGACAAGAAAUGUAUUUAAACGAAAAAGGAAGUGCAAAGAUAAGAAAAGUCAACCGGUUGAACUUGCUCAUAAAAUUUCAAAGGAUGCAAUAUCUAAUACACACGUCCGAGAAGAUAUUUUUGAUAUUACUGGAAAAAAGAUUGCCUGUGACCUUAGAGAAUUAAACGAGCAACAAAGAAUAAUAGCAGAGAAACUUAUCAAUGAUAUUAUAUAUUAUGCAAAAUUAGGUAAAUUGAAUGAAAAUUGUCUAGUAUGUCCUACGCACAUGCGACCUACAUAGCAAAUUUUUCUGAGUAUGACCUGUCAUUUUAAAAAUCGGAGUGAUCUCCAUCAUGUAUUUUACAAUUUUGUGAAAAUUUCCGAGUAUAAAAAAUAUACAUACAUUCAUAUAUGCAUAUAGGUAUAAUAUUUAUAUUGAACGUUAAAGCUGAACUAAGAGGUAUUUGUUUUAAUAGAAUUUAAAUCCCAUAAUUAAAGAAAUUUGAUAAAACAUGUAAAUAAAAAAUUCUUUAAGAAAUCA